AUGGCCGGCCUUGUCGCACUGGGAAGACUCGCCCGUCCAGCUCGGUACGUCAAUGCCACGCGUAUACGACGGAAGCUUGCAUUGCAUGUGGGAUUCUUUUCAACGACCAGCGCUCUCUGGAGCCAACUUCCCAAUACUCCCAUUUUUCGGGCUCUCAAAGAUCAUGAUCCAGCUAGUCUGGCGGUCUCGCAUAGCGUGUCUGGUCGGUCAUUCACCUAUGGGAACUUGACGGCCGAUGUCGCGCGCGCAAAGGAGGACCUUCAACGACAAGCGGCCAAGCUCAAAGAGAGAUCAUCGAGCUUGUCGGGUGAACGAGUUGCGUUUAUGGCUGAGAAUAGCUAUGAUUAUGUCGUGAUGCUGCUGGCUAUCCUUGGCUGUGAUGCCAUUGCGUUGCCCUUGUCGCCCGCUUUUCCAGCUGGUGAAUUGCAGUAUAUUCUCGACAACUCGCAAGCCAAGGUCGUGCUGGCUACUGAGAAGUAUGCUGAGAAGGUGCAGGGCGUGGUCCAGGCGGGACUGCAGUACCACCCACUUGUGGAUGUGCGACAAAAACUGGCCAAAGGAGCCAGCGGACACGAGUCUGUUUCUCUGGAGGACUCAAAGCGUGUUCUGGAAUCGUCUGCAGGGGGACUGAUGCUUUAUACGUCCGGAACGACCAAUCGACCUAAAGGAGUCUUAAUUCCUGAGCGGGCCAUCACCGCACAAGCAACGUCUCUUCUCGAAGCAUGGAAGUAUUCUCCACAAGAUCGACUCCUGCAUUUACUUCCGCUGCAUCACAUCCACGGCGUGAUCAACGCCAUUGUCACGCCUCUCUUCGCCGGCUCCUCGAUUGAAUUCAUGUACCCCUUCAACACCGACCACGUCUGGAAUCGCCUCGCAGCACCUUUUCUCCCUCAAGCCCGUUCCCACCGUCUACAAUCGUCUCCGCUCCUCCUUUCCUUCUCUCUCUCUCCCCCCGACAUCCAAAAGGCCGCUCAAGAAGGCAUUUCCCCUCAAAACCUUCGCCUCAACAUCUCCGGCUCUGCGGCUCUCCCUACCCCGACAAAAGCCGCCUGGCAGACCCUCAGUAAUGGCAACGUGCUCCUCGAGCGCUUCGGCAUGACCGAGGUCGGCAUGGCACUCAGUUGUGGCCUCGACUUUGCAGACCGCGUCGAUGGCAGCGUUGGCUGGCCUUUGCCCCAGGUUGAAGCUCGUCUCGUGGACACCGAGACGAAUCAAGUCAUACCCGCUGGCGAAGAGGUCGAUGCCCAUGGCCGUGAACGCGUCGGUGAGAUUCAACUUCGUGGCCCGACCAUCUUCCGCGAGUACUGGGGCAAUGAGAAAGCCACGCGGGAGAGUUUCGUCGAGAGUGACGACGGGGGUGGUCCCUGGUUCUGUACCGGCGAUGUCGCUACAAGACGUCUUGUCCAGGGUGCAGGCCAGGGCACCGUGAGUGGCGACUGGGCUCGUGGGCCAAUGUACUUCAUCCAGGGUCGCAAAAGCGUGGAUAUCAUCAAGACUGGAGGGGAGAAAGUCAGCGCAUUGGAAGUUGAGCGCGAAUUGCUGUCUCUUCCUCAAAUUGCCGAAGCAGCUGUCGUCGGACUCCCCUCCGAUCAAUGGGGCGGCAAAGUUAUCGCCGUCGUCGUCCUACAUCCCGACGCACACUCAACUGGCCGCAAUGGCAAAUCCUGGGGUCCAAUGGAUAUGCGUCGGGCACUUAAAGAUCGACUAGUCGCGUAUAAAAUUCCCCAGGAGAUGAAGGUGUUGGAUGCCAUUCCGCGGAAUGCAAUGGGCAAGGGUAAGUUGAUGGAUUCUUUUUUCACUUCUUCUUUUAAAUUCCGAAGGGAAUCUCUCUUCGCCGGCCCUCCCUUCACCCCUCCUUUACAUUUUCCUUUUGAAGUGAAUAAGAAAGCUUUGGUGAAGGAGGUCUUUGGGGUUGAGGCGUGA